CGCAGAGGCACGCCGCCGCUUGUGUAGCCGCGCGCGCGUGUGUGUGAGAGUAUAGUCAGGCUGAGUGUGAUUAUUAAAGGGCUUAGUAACGGGUUAGACUGCAGCUGCACUCCUGUAGCACGUGCUGCUCUAGAACAUUCCUCAGCACCUCCUGACCAAUCAGAGCGCAGCACCCGGCCCACGUGUGUGGUGUUGAGCAGGUGAUGUCUGAGAGUGUGCAGGAUGAGAGGAGGAGGAACAAGAGGAGGUAUGGAGGUCCACAGGGGGGCGCUAAGAGGAGGAGAGGGGGCAGGGAGCUGGAGGCGGGCAUGCAGGGCAUCCUCAUCACCUGUAACAUGAACGAGCGCCGCUGCACCGCCGAGGCCUACAGCCUGCUGAACGAGUACGCAGACCAGCUGUACGGGCCUGAGCAGUUAACAGACACUAAAGACAGCGGCAGCAGCAGUGAGGAUGACGUAGAGGCGGCGCUGCAAAAGGAGGUGAAACAGUUCCACUCGUCUACAGAGAGACAACAGAGACGCUUUACUGCAGUCGAGAGCGGAGCAAACAACGUCCUGUUCAUCCGCACACACAACAUUGAUCCGGCUCAGCUGGUGCACUCCAUCCUGCAGGAUCUCUACAGCACUCGGAGGUUGAAGUCGCGGGUGAUUCUGCGCAUGUUGCCGGUGUGUGGCUCAUGUAAAGCGUUCCCUGAAGACAUGCUGAAGUUCCUGAACUCGUUCCUGCAGCCCUGGUUCCUCUCCCCAAACCAGGCCUCCUACCAGAUCUGCUUCAAAGCUCGCAACAAUAACAAUAGCAAGAGGGACGACAUCAUCAAGAGCAUCGCUGGUUUGGUGAACCAGUUAAAUCCGAAUAACAAAGUGGACCUGACCGAUCCGGAGCUCAGCAUCAUCAUCGAGGUGAUAAAGUCAGUGUGCUGCGUCAGCGUGAUCCGAGACUACAAACGCUUUCGAAAAUACAACCUACAGGAAGUGGCCAAGGGCCCGGCCAAUCAGGAGUCUCCCGAACAGGAAGUCACAAAGGGCCCGGCCAAUCAGGAGUCAACGCAACAGGAAGUCACAAAGGGCCCAGUCAAUCAGGAGUCACCCCAACAGGAAGUCACAAAGGCCCCAGCCAAUCAGGAGUCACCCGAACAGGAAGUCACAAAGGGCCCGGCCAAUCAGGAGUCAACGCAACAGGAAGUCACAAAGGGCCCAGCCAAUCAGGAGUCAUCCCAACAGGAAGUCACAAAGGCCCCAGCCAAUCAGGAAUCACCGCAACAGGAAGUCACAAAGGGCCCAGCCAAUCAGGAAUCACCGCAACAGGAAGUCACAAAGAGCCCAGACAAUCAGGAGUCACCCCAACAGGAAGUCACAAAGGGCCCAGCCAAUCAGGAAUCAACACAACAGGAAGUCACAAAGGGCCCAGCCAAUCAGGAGUCACUCCAGCAGGAAGUGGGAAUAAAAGAAGUAUGUCAGUAGCAGAGGAAGCAGGAAAUGUUCGACUGCAAAGACGAUCAGACAGAAGAACAGAUUGUGGGUGGGGACAGUGUAAGAAAGGAGGCGGAGCUAGUGUAGUUAAAGGUUUGUUCCAAACCCAACCUUUAUGCUCCUGGUGAUUAUGGAGAGGGGAAGGAGUCCAUACUGAAUACACACUUUUAUAAUUGCGUGCGUGUGUGUGUGUAAAAUGUUGAGUGUCUUGAAGUUUUCUUUAUUUGUACUUUCUUUACCUAGUUUUGUGCGAUACAUUUAUUAAAACUGUGUGUUAAAUACA